GAUGCCUGGCGGUGGGUAAGGCGAAAAACGCGUGUGUAAUACGACGAUGGUAGUAGCUCGCAGCGAUAAGUACGGUAUCUGCAGUCUGCACAGUACUCGUGCAGUUCAAUUGUUAGGUGCAGGCAGCGUAGCGCAGUCGUCCGGCCGCAUUGACUGUACCACUGCAAACAUAUAAUAUUAUCAUCAUCGCCGCGAGUGACUGUAGCACCCGACACCCAGCGCAGCGCGCGCCAGGCCGCCUAUAACAAUAACAACUUUGUGUCAGUGUGUAUAGAGUGGUGUUCUAUACAUGUAUAUAUGCGAGCCGUGUUUUGCACUGACUACUGCACACAGACCAGUGACCACGGGAAUACGUAUGCGUACUUACUUACGAGUUACGAUACACACAUUCGCGAGUAGUAGAGCUCUCAAAAUGUCUCAACGCAUAUAGGAGGCAUACACUCACACAUAUUGACUUGCAAGUUACACAUGAUAUUCGCGCACAAGUAUGUAGUCUCUGCGCCCGUUGUGUGCAAUUGAGCGUGUGUACAUUAAUACGAGUCGUUCGGUAAAACUGCUAAAGGCACACAUAUAUUCGUGUGCAGCUUUCGUUGUUAUAGUGUCGUGCGUGCAUGAGGAGUCGUGAGAUCAUAUUAUUAUAGCAAUGUGAGCGACGACAUCGCGGCGGCAACGAACGACGACGACGACGACAACGACGUCGAGAGGCGCACAUAGCACACGACCAGAGAGAGCAACUCGCGAUUAUAGAUAUACAGAAGUACUUGCUAACACUGCAUAUCGCUCGCGCGAUUAUUAUAUAUAUCCUGUGUCAACAUGGCCAUGGCCGAAGACAACGUCUGCCGUGCCAAUUAUCUUGACAAUGGUAACAACGAUCAAGUGAUCGAACGCCCGGACGAGUCGAACCUCGUGUCCGACCUCGAGGACGACGACGACGACGAGCAGCUCGAGGGUGCAGUCGCCCUCGUCAAUCCCCAGUUCCUGCUCUGUCCGGAGUUUGAAUUCUCGACCAGUGCGUGUUACGUCUGUAAUGGUUUCUACGGGCCAUGCUUCGACGAGCCAGUUUGCGCGACUUGCCAUGCUUUCCUGUUUCCCGAUGACAUUGGAUUACUCAACGUGCCGAUUUUCAGUGAGAAAACCGAUGACGAAGAUUCAGGCAAUGACGAACCUGUGGAUCUUUAUUUCAACAAUGAUCAGAGAACAAGUCGCACAGAUUAUUCACGAAAUUCUUCUCAAGAAUCUACUCCACUAGUCUCGAGUCCAUCAAAUUCUCCUGUACAGAAUUUAGGCGCUCAUUACUUUCUUCAACACUUUAAUAAUCGUGUUGGAGAAAGAUUGGAUGAUCGCCAAAAUGCUUUACCUGUCAAUAAUGAUGAUGCUGCAAAUCACUUGGAUCACAUCGAUGACAACCUUGAACAAGAUAAUCAUCAAGAUAUGAACUUGAAUCUUCUUCAGAUAAGGCAAGAUUUUGAAAAUAAUCAGCAACUCGAUGUUCUGGAAGAUGACUUUCAAAGUCCUGAAGAUGAAUCUUUGCCUAACGAUGAACCAGAUCAAGAAAAUCAUGGAUUAUACCAACCUGCUAGAAACUGUCAGGUAUUUGCAGAAAAGGGAGAGCCAUCUCGUCUUUGGAAUUUAUCAAAUAGACUGGAUAUGUUGACGAAUUAUAAAGAUCAUGAGCAUUAUAAAGGACUAAAUGAGCAAGGCUUAGUGAAUAGGCUACCACCAGAAGUUCUUUUAGCUAUUUUCCGUUAUCUGGAUGAUAUAAGUUUGUGGUGUGUAGCCAAUGUUUGCAGAAGGUGGUUCAAUUUGUUAUCAAAUCACAUGCCACCUGAUUUGUGGGAAAAAUUUGUGAAAAAACGUUGGCCAUUAUUCAAACCAUCCAAUGAAAGUAUUACUAACUGGUACAAAGUCUAUGAUAGGCUUGCAGCAUCAGCUCCAUGUAAAACUUGUUUGUCACAAAUAUCUUUAUAUUGUUUAAGACCUUUCAGAGGUGAAGAAAACUCUUGGCGAGGCAACAGAUUGCGUAUUGAACUGAGAGGUUUAAGGAACGACCCUCCAGAGGGUAUACAAGCAACUCCUCUAGAUCAGAAUUGUUGUCAUUGGCAAGCUACUAUUACUGGACCAGCUGGUAGUCCUUAUGAAGGAGGGUUGUUUUAUUUAUAUCUGCAAGUUCCAUUUAGUUACCCAAUGAGACCACCAGUUGUACGAUUUUUAACCAAAAUUCUCCAUCCAAAUGUAUCAAGACAUGGAGAUGUUGGUAUUGAUUCUAUACACCAUAAUUGGUCAUUAGCAUUGACAAUAUCAAAGGUCUUAAUUAGUGUCCAAAGUUUGCUUACAGAUCCUUAUUGUCAGGUGUGCAUGGAACCAGAAUUAGGAGAAAUGUAUAUGAAUGAUAGAACUAGGUUUGAACAAAUAGCUCGUGCAUGGACAAGGAGAUAUGCUACGCAUAGUAGCGCUGAGCUUUCCUAGUUUUUGAAAAAGAUAUUGUUUGUUUGUACAUUGUGGCAUGCAUGAAUGAAUGCAAAUUUUACAAUUGAUAAAAUGAAUUGUUUACACAUGGAGAAUACAAUAUUUUAUCACUAUUAGAUAUUUUUAGUAAUAUUCAAUUUAACACAUUGGUUUGAUUUGAUCUAAAUGUGUCUUAAUAUUUUAAUUGAAUCAAGUGAUACGCGUGCUACAAUGAUUGUUUAAAAAAAACAAGUUUUCGUUUGUUUUUGUAUUGUUGUUAUUUUAAAGAAAUAUCUAAGGAUACCAUGGAAAUAUCUUCUACAACAGUUUAAAUCAAAAUUAUCACUUCUUUUUUUUGAUUUCAUACAUGUAAAUAGAUAUUUUUUCAAAUAUAUCUUUAUCUCGAAUUUCUAAUGCUUAAGAAAAAUAUUUUGUAUAUACAUAUGUCUUUUCUCAUAUUUUGAGAUUACUUGUAUUUUCUUAAGGAUAUUUUAUAAAAAUAAUAUGAAAUUAAA